AUGCAGGCAUACACAAACAUAUUUGAGUACUUGGCCAGGUUCUACUCGCCCACCGUCAUCGAGGAGUGGAGAUGUAGAAAAUAUGAGGGUGGGUUGAAACACGAGUUACGUCGUUUUAUUGUACCUCUCCGGAUCAGGGAGUUUCCAAUCUUGGUGGAGCAGGCCAAGGCUUGCUACAAUUGUGGUGGGGAGCAUUUUCGGAGGGAUUGUCUAAAACCCUCAGGAAACUCUAGUGGUGGUGGUGGUAGCACUGGUAAGUGCUACGUUUGUGAUCAGUCGGGCCAUUUUGCACGUCACUGCCCGAAUAAGAAACCGACUGGAGGUGUACCAGCGAAGAAACCAGUCGGGGAUCGACCUAGAGCCCCUGGUCGUGUAUUCGCCUUGACGACUACCGAGGCAGCCCAGUCAGGUAACUUAGUACAGACUAUUUGUUUGUUGUUUGAUCACGAGGUUGUUGUAUUGUAUGACUCAGGAGCUACCCAUUCAUUUGUAUCCAAUGAAUGUGUGAGGAGGCUCAGUCUAGUGAUGCGAGAGCUGGCGUGCGAGUUAAUAAUUGCGACACCAACGUCGGGAGAGGUAUCCGCCACAUCUAUUUGUGUGGGAUGCCCUAUGGAGGUGGCAUGCCGCAAGUUUAAGGUGAAUCUCAUCUGCUUACCAAUGGAAGGGUUGGACAUGAUUCUGGGUAUGGAUUGGUUGGCCAACAACCAUGUGGUAAUCGAUUGCGGGCAACGCAAGGUGGUGUUUCCAGAUGUAGAAGGACUGGAAUUGAUAUUAUCCAACCAAGCAGAGAAGGAGAUUGAAGCGGGAGCUACAUGUUUUAUGAUAGUAGCUCAGACGGAGAAGAAGAGUACUGUAGAGAAGAUUAGUAUGAUUCCAGUGGUAGAUGAAUACGUAGAUGUCUUCCCUGAUGAAAUCCCAUAA